GGCGGCCCGCGGCUAGGUCAGUAGAUGAUGGGGUUUGUGGCCUCAGGUGUUGAUCCUUCGUGGUUUGAGGGAGGGACGGGUUUCUGCUGGCGGACAUAGCGGGAGUACGCUGGUUGGAGCAGCGUGGUGUGGGCAAUAUAAAGCGUGGUGGAGUAUGGGUGUUGUGCUUCAUCAAUACCGUUGCUUCUUCUUCUGUACGAUAUACAGCUCCUCUCGUCGUUGCUCUAGUUCUGGCCAUGGCUCAUAUCAAUCGUCUCAAGGACGCCCGUGUCUUCGUGUUUGGCGGGACGUCGGGCAUUGGCUAUGCGGUGGCCAACAUGGCGCUGUCGAACGGUGCGCGCGUCACUAUCUCCGGAUCCGCACAGCCCAAGGUCGACACCAAGGUCAAACAGCUCCAGGCGUUGUAUCCCGAUCUGCCAGCCGAGAACAUCACGGGCUACGCCUGCGAUCUGCUCGACGUCGCGAACCUUGAAUCCAACCUGACCGCGCUCUUCGAGAAGGCGACGGACGGCGGCAGCAAGAAGAUCGACCACAUCGCUUUCACGGCGGGCGAUGCGUUAUCUCUUCCCACCGUAGCAAAGGUCACGCCCGAGACCCUCCUCGCAGGUUUCACCGUUCGCAUUGUCGCGGCCAGCCUCGUCGCCAAGCUGCUCACAACCGGAAAAUACAUGCCGCAGUCCGUCAACUCGUCGUUCACGGUGACGGGCGGGACCAACACGCACAAGCCCUUCCCCGACUGGACAUUCGUGGCGACUGUAGGCGCCGCUGCCGAGGGACUCACGCGCGGGCUAGCCGUUGAUCUGGCACCGAUUCGCUCGAACAUUGUGAUUCCGGGGGCUAUUCAGACCGAGCUGCUGCAGCCGUUGUUGGAUGGGAUGGAUGAGGAGGCAGAGGCGAAGUGGAAGCGAGUGGCCAGUUUGUCGGGCACGCUGGGGCAGCCGGAGGAGAUUGCCGAGGCGUACGGAUAUCUUAUGAAGGAUAAGUUUGCGAACGGAAGUCAGGUAACCAGUGAUGGAGGGAGGUUGUUGAAUCCUGCUGGAAAUUGAUGAUGGAUGUAGUUCAUCAACAUCGAGCUUGCCGCCGUCCGCGCCGGUACAAUACCAUUGAGUGUAUCUGAAUGCCUGUUCCAUUUUCGUCUUUGCCGCAGUCUACCCGUUCCCAGAAUCGUUUCGGUCCCU